AGCCUUAUGUUUCUACGUGUUCAAACGGUUGCCUGGUGACAGUAGAACGAAGUCCCGCCCGGAAGAAUAGUUUACAUUUCAGGAAAUAAUGUUCGAUGGAUAAACGAUUAACGUUACUUUAUUUGAUUUUAAUGAGUCCUGCUUAAUACAUUUAUUCAACAGAUGUCGUUUUUACUUGUAAAUAAUUCAAAAUAUCCGUUUUCAAGGAAGUGAGACUUGCAACUCUCGCGAUAACUCACGCUUCAAGUUAGAGUUUAUGACCCAGAUUACAUGGCUACCAGUAGUUAGCUUUGAUAACGUUAUCGAGAAAGUGCUAUUUAGUGAUGGAUAGGCUCGCUCUGUACCGUAUUGACUAUUUAUGCAUCACUUGCUGGAGUUAAAGAGACGCAUACACUGCUGGUUGUCCCAUAAUAAUGUCGGUAACGACAGAAGGAUGCAUGUUUUAACCAGAAAACCAAGUUAACGUUAGCAUUCAAGUCGCAGGCAGGGCUCGAGGACACCACAGGAUUCACGUUAGCAACGGUGACAGGUACCGUAGCAACUGCAGACGCUUGUUUCCUUCACCGUCACUGCUAGCAGAGCAUGCUAACAGCUAAGCCACCUAAUUUACAGUGGACCAACAGAGCAAACCUCCACCAUGAGACUGAAAACAUCGCUGCUACAGGAACCCAAACAUAAGGAACUUGUGAGUUGUGUUGGCUGGACCACAGCAGAUGAGCUGUUCUCUUGCAGUGAAGACCACCACAUCCUCAAGUGGAACCUGCUGACCAGUGAGACCAGUCUGGUUGUCAGAUUGCCAGAGGACAUUUACCCCAUCGACCUACACUGGUUCCCCAAGACUGUUGGUGUCAAGAAACAGAGCCAGACUGAGAUCUUUGUCCUUACCAGCACUGAUGGGAAGUUCCACCUGACCUCCAAGAUGGGGCGCAUUGAGAAGAGCGUUGAAGCACAUAAGGGAGCUGUUUUGGCAGGAAGAUGGAACUAUGAUGGGACUGCACUUAUUACAGCUGGAGAAGACGGGCAGAUCAAAAUCUGGUCAAAAAGUGGGAUGCUACGCUCAACACUAGCUAGCCAAGGGUCUCCUGUGUAUUCCUUGGCCUGGGGUCCAGACUCAGACAGAAUCCUCUACACAUCAGGAAGACAGCUAGUCAUCAAGCCUUUGCAGCCCAGCGCCAAAGUCAUACAGUGGAAGGCUCAUGACGGGAUUGUUCUGAAGGUGGACUGGAAUUCAGUUAAUGACCUCAUACUCUCAGGUGGAGAAGACUGUAAAUAUAAGGUAUGGGACAGCUUUGGUCGUCUGCUUUUCUCCUCCUCGUCUCAUGACUACCCGGUCACCUCUUUGGCCUGGGCUCCAGAUGGAGAGGUGUUUGCCAUGGGCUCCUUCAACACCCUGCGACUCUGUGACAAGACUGGAUGGUCCUAUGCGUUGGAGAAGCCCAACACAGGCAGUGUGUUCAGCUUGGCCUGGUCUGCAGACGGCACCCAGCUGGCCGGGGCCUGCGGCAACGGGCAUGUCAUCUUUGCCCAUGUGGUGGAGCAGCAUUGGGAGUGGAAGAACUUUGUGAUCACCCUUACCAAGAGGAGAACCAUGCAGGUGAGGAAUGUGAUGAACGAUGCAGUAGACGUACUGGAGUUUCGAGAUCGAGUCAUCAAAACGUCUCUGGCAUACGGUCACCUAGUGGUUGCCACUUCCCUCCAGUGCUACGUCUACAACUCGAGAAACUGGAACACUCCCCUCAUCUUUGACCUGAAGGAGGGAACAGUGAGCCUCAUCCUGCAAGCGGAGAAACAUUUUCUGCUCGUGGAUGGAGCAGGGCUGUACACCUUUUCCUACGAGGGUCGAUUGAUAUCCUCCCCCAAGUUCCCUGGUAUGAGAGCUGACAUCCUAAAUGCCCAGGGUGUCUCCCUUAGUAACGACACCAUCGCCAUCCGAGACAAGAGUGAUGAAAAAGUUAUCCUUCUCUUUGACGCCCUGAGUGGGAAAGCCCUUGGUGAUGGCAAGCCCUUGACUCACAAGCUGGAGGUGGUGGAGAUAGCUCUGGACCAGUGUGGCCCGUCCACAGAAAGGAAGAUUGCCCUGAUUGACAAGAACCGUGACCUGUAUCUGACCUCUGUGCGUCAUCUCGGGAGAGAGCCCAAAAUCUGCAAAAUCGGAAGUAUGGUUCACAGCAUGGCAUGGAAUGAUGCUGCUAACAUCCUGUGUGGAAUCCAAGACAACCAGUUCACAGUGUGGUACUACCCGAGUGCUGUCUUCACUGACAGGGAACUGCUGCCAAAAACCCUGCACAUAAAGGAUGGCAGUGAGUUUAGCCGAGCACCCCACAUUCUGAGCUACGUCGGCACCAAGGUGACGUUACGCCAAGGGGACGGUUCACUGGUGUACAGCAGCGUACCGCCUUACCCAGCCCUCUUGCACGAAUACAGCACCUCUGCACGCUGGGAGGAUGCACUGCGCCUCUGCCGCUUUGCCAAGGACCUGUCUUUGUGGGCAUGUCUUGCUGGCAUGGCGAUGGCAAACAGGGAGCUGACCACAGCAGAGAUGGCCUAUGCUGCCAUUGGAGAGUUACCCAGGGUUCAAUACAUCAACUUUAUAAAGGAGCAGCCAUCCAAGGAGUCGUCUUUAGCCCACAUGCUGCUGUUCAGUGGUCAGGUCCAGGAGGCUGAGGCCACUCUCUUACAAGCUGGUCUCAUCUACCAAGCCAUACGAAUCAACAUCGACCUUUUCAACUGGGAGAGGGCACUAGAGCUGGCAGUCAAACACAAGACCCACGUGGACACGGUGCUGGCCUUUAGAGGAAAGUUCCUACAGAAAUUUGGCAGGAAGGAGACCAAUAAGAGAUUUCUGCAGUACGCUGAGGGGGUCGAGGUGGACUGGGAGAAAAUCGAGGCGAAGAUAGAGAUGGAGUUGUCUAAAGAGAGAGAGAAGGCUGCUAAUGCCUCUGUGAGGAGCAGCGUAGCCUCACGACGUUAAUGUUCACGGGACCUCUGUCUAAUAUAUCCGCUUCACAGCGAUCGAUUCCCAUGUGUUUUUGACAUUUGGCGAAUAUUAAGUGGUUUGGCCCGGCCUCAGGGUAAUAAAAAAUGUCUGUACUUGAGGUAAAAUGUCUACCAUUAGUUACAAGUCCAUUAACUUCAAGUGAAAACAAAAGGGAACAUUUGGAGAUGUGAAGAUUAGCAGGCCAUGAGGAAUAUGACACUUGACUCUGACUGUUACACUACAAUCUUGUGGUGCAUGCUGUGUAAUGUAAAACAUUUGCACAUCAUUAUACGUGGCAUUCUGUUACUGUGGGUGGAUGAUUUGACUUGUGAUGAGACUAUCUAUAUUUCACAGCAACAACACCAGUACGGCCUUUCUGUCAUAUCGGCUUCUCUGUGGUUUCUGUGUGUCAGGUUUUAAGUUGAUUAUCUGUUUCUGUAAGUCGAAAUUAUCUUGAUAUGCUCAGACAUGCUGCUUUGUGUUUUGUCACUGAACUUUGACUCUGUGUUUUUAUAUGAAUAGAUAUUUUUACAGUUUAUAUAUUCAAAACUUUGCCUUCUGUGAACACUAAAAAGAAUGUCAGUUAAUAAAACUGAUGGAAAUAUUGUA